AUGGUCAACCUUUCUCUGUAUUCUAUCAAGGCUGUCAUCUUGCUUGAUGCCGAGGGAAAUCGCGUAUUAGCCAAAUACUAUGGUGGAGAGAACACUACAUUGAAGCAGCAAAAGCAGUUUGAAAAGGGCUUAUUUGAUAAAACGAAGCGUGCUCAAGGCGAGGUUAUUUUAUACGACAACCAAGUAGUACUAUAUCGCUCAAAUAUCGACAUUUUCUUUUACGUUGUUGGUUCUAUGGAGGAGAAUGAGCUGAUUCUAUUGAGCAUGUUGAAUGCUUUCUAUGACGCCGUUUCUACUUUACUCAGAUAUCAAGUUGAAAAGCGCUCUAUUAUGGAUAAUUUGGAUUUAGUCAUCCUUUGUCUUGAUGAGACAGUUGAUGGAGGCAUUAUACUGGAAACCGAUUCAAAUGCAAUUGUCAGUCGAGUAUCUAAACCUCGCAUGGACAUGGUUGACAUUCCCUUUUCCGAACAAACUUUGAUGCAAGCUUAUCAAACCGCCAAAGACAAAUUUGCCAAUCAAUUAUUAAGAUAA